AUGGGAGAUCUAGAAUUCGCAAAAGUUCACAACUCAGCUAUCUUUCUUGAAAACCCUCCAGCAACUUAUAAUGAUCUAAAAUUCAUUGUUGAAGGUCUGAAGAAAUGUUGUUUGGAACAUGCAUUGACAACCAGGCCUACAAUUUAUCAAAACUUGAUCAAACAGUUCUGGAGAAAUGCGGUCGUGAAGAAAGAUGACAAAGAUGAAAAGUACCUUAAAGCCACGAUACAAGGAAAGAAGAUUCAAGUUUCAGAAAGGAUUAUUCGAGAAUCACUUCAAAUUGAUGACAAACUAAAAUAUUCAAUGGAAAUUGAUGUGCAUCAAACUCAAGAUGUUCUUGACCACAUGGGGUAUGAAGGAACAUUUCCUCCUACCAUCGAGAAACUGCUUCCUCCUUGCUGGAAAUAUUUAGCUCAUGUAUUUGUGAGCUGUAUUUCUGGUAGGAGAUCUAGUGCGAACGAAAUCUCUCUGGUCAAUAUAGGAGCCAUCACAGCUUUGGCUUCGGGAAUUGAAUUUAAUUUUUCAAAGUUUAUACUACACGAACUAGUUCUUAAUAUUGAAGGAAACAAGUUAGACAUAUUUUUGAUGUACCCAAGAUUUCUUCAGAUUAUUUUCAACGCCAUGCAUCCUGAGCUGCAAAGAGGAAAUGAGACAUUGGAUCUUAAAUUUGUUGGUCCAAGUGCAUUUGGUUUAAUGAAGAAGAAAAGAGGAGGAAAGUUUAUUUUAGAAGGGAAAUUUCCCUUAAUAAAAUUUGGAAUUUUUGCUAAAGGUAGUGAUCAGUCACACUCGGAAGAUCAAUCUAUUCCUACAAAGACAGAAGGCGUUGUGAUUUCAACUUCUAAGCCAAAAAUUGAAGAGGUUCAUGUUUCUCCUAUAGUUGUAGUGGCUGAGGAUCGUGAUCAGCUACAUCAUGUGGAAGUUGAAACACAAAUCUAUGAAGAAUAUGUUGAAGAUCUUAAUGAUGAUGUGGAGUUUUUGAAAGAGAUAGAUUUCACCAGGAUCAGUGAUGAUAUCCCUACAAACAUCGAACUCGAUCUUGAUGAUGACGAGUUUUGUCCACUUUCGGGGUUUGACAGCAACUGUUUUGGAAAGGUCAAUGAAGUUGCUUCUUCAGCAACCAAGACUGGGGAAGACAGUAAUGUUCUCAAGAUUUUGCUCUCCUCUUCAAAUCCUUUGGAGAUUCCUUCAGGUCAAAGAGAUGUGAAUUCAGAGAUUCCUCCCUCUGUUUCAACUAUCUCUACUUCUGCUUCGCUUAUUGUUGAACCAUCUCAGCCCCAAAUCUCCUAG